AAUAGACAACUCCAACAAAAACUAGACUUGGUCGUCGCGUAACGAGGAAGAAGAAUCUUAUUUGUUGGUAGUUUUCAUAGAUUAAAGUCAACAUGCCUCGUAUUCAGAUAAAAGGGGGUGUUUGGAGAAACACUGAGGAUGAGAUAUUGAAGGCAGCUGUGAUGAAAUAUGGCAAGAACCAGUGGUCAAGAAUUGCCUCCUUGCUACAUCGGAAGUCUGCCAAACAAUGCAAAGCAAGAUGGUUCGAGUGGUUGGACCCAAGCAUCAAGAAGACAGAAUGGAGCAGAGAGGAAGACGAGAAACUUCUCCACCUUGCCAAGCUGAUGCCGACUCAAUGGAGAACAAUAGCGCCCAUUGUCGGCAGGACGGCGGCCCAAUGCCUUGAACGCUACGAGAUUCUCUUAGACCAAGCACAGAAGAAGGAGAUGGACGGGGAAGAGUUCAAUGACCCCAGGAAGCUGAAACCAGGAGAGAUUGACCCUAACCCAGAGACUAAGCCAGCGAGACCCGACCCCAUCGAUAUGGAUGAAGACGAGCUUGAGAUGUUGUCAGAAGCCCGUGCCCGUCUUGCCAACACCCAGGGCAAGAAGGCCAAACGCAAGGCCCGGGAGAAGCAGCUGGAGGAAGCCCGACGCCUCGCCGCCCUCCAGAAGAGACGUGAGCUCCGGGCGGCCGGCAUCGAGACCAAACAGAAGCGACGCAAGAAGCGGAGAGUGGACUACAACGCGGACAUCCCAUUCGAGAAGAAGCCUGCCCCGGGUUUCUACGACACCACUGAGGAGGCCAUUGCUCCGUUGGAUCCAAACUUCAAGAGGUUGAGGCGACAGGAGAUGGAUGAAGGGCGAAGAGAUGAGGUCGAAGAGAGAGAGCGUAGGAAGGACAAACAGCGCUUGAAGAAGAAGAAAGAGAACGAUCUACCAUCGGCCAUCUCAGGGACAAACAAAAUGGCGGAACCACAAAAGAAACGGAGCAAGCUCGUGUUACCAACGCCGCAGAUAUCUGAUGCAGAACUGGAAGAGGUGGUGAAACUUGGCCAGGCCAGCGAGAGUGCUAGACAGAUAGCGGAGGAUGGGGGAAUCGCCAACGGCCCAUCCCAAGGUCUGCUGGCCGAGUACAAUGUCACCCCAGGCCCUGCUAAUCUAAGGACUCCACGGACACCGGCGCAGCAUGAUACAGUACUACAGGAAGCUCAGAACAUACUCGCCUUACAGAAUGUAGACACGCCCCUGAAGGGGGGCCUGAACACGCCCAUCGCCCAGUCUGACUUUGACGGUGUCACUCCAAAGAGGGCGGUUGUGGCCACGCCCAAUACUGCCUUCUCUACGCCCUUCAGAACUCCGGGCCACAGCGACGGUAUGACCCCCAGGCACAGCAUGACCCCACAGCUUCGUCCGACCCCUGGUCAGACCCCAGGACGCACUCCAGUCAGAGACAAACUGAACAUCAACAGUGAGGAUGCUUUCGGUGAAGUCGACGACAUGAUGUUUCUCAGACAACAACAGAAACACCUAAAAGGAGAGUUGCGACGUGGCCUGGCAGGUCUUCCAACUCCUAAGAAUGACUUUGAGAUUGUAAUACCUGAUGACUCUGACGAUGUCGGAAAGGAUGAUGGUGACAUGGAUCCUAACUUUGUAGAGGAUGAGGCAGAUAUUGAGCUGGAGAGAGCGGCCCGACUGGAAGAAGAGAGACGUCAGGCUCUGAGGCAAAGGUCAAAGGUCAUUCAGAGAGGUCUCCCACGACCGAUGGACAUCAACACGUCGAUUUUACGACCGAAGGAUUUAGACGGUCCUAUGACUGAUACACAGAAGGCUGAGGAGUUAAUCAAAGAAGAGAUGAUCACCAUGCUGCAUUACGACAUGUUGAAAACGCCCUCGCUUGAUGCUGAUGGUAUCCGACGCGUGGAGAAACUGAUGACCAAGCCAAACCCGUCACUUCAUCAAGCGUACUUGGAGAAAACGCCGUACGAAGAGAUUGGCGAAACGGGAAUGAAUGAGGCGCACAAGUUGCUUGAGAAAGAGAUGGAGGUUGUCCACGGUGGUAUGGGGCACGGAGAUCUCUCAAUGGAGGCUUACACACAGGUGUGGGAGGAGUGCCAGAGACAGGUGUUGUUCCUACCGAUGCAGAACCGUUACACCAGGGCCAACCUGGCUAGUAAGAAAGACAGGAUAGAGUCCGCAGAGAAGAAACUGGAGGUGAAUCGCAACUUCAUGACUAAGGAGGCCAAACGUGCCGCCAAGCUUGAAAAGAAACUGAAGAUCCUGUGCGGUGGGUACCAGUCCCGUGCACUCAGCCUGAUUAAGCAGUUAGGGGACAGCUAUGAUCAGGUGGAGCAGACGCAUAUCGAACUGGAGACGUUUGAAGCGCUGAAACGGAACGAGGAUGCGGCUAUCCCAAAGAGAUUAGAGUCGCUCCGAGAAGACUUGAAGAGACAGACAGACAGAGAAAAGGAACUUCAGAAACGCUUCGCCGAUCUCACCUUCGAGAGGGAUAUGCUUCUCAGUCAAGAUCAAUGAACAUGAAAGAAGGAAAAAAACAGCAAAAAUAUCGAAAUCAAAUGAAGUGAUGAUGCCGUACAUUGAAAACAAGAGUCCCAGUCGCUGGCGAUGCGUAUUUUAACUCUUUCAGUGCGCGCUUUUUAUUUGCGUUUUUGAACAUCAAAUGACUAGGGCCAAAUUUCAUAGAGUUGCUUAAAGGCGGUGGACACUAUUGGUAAUUGUCAAAGACUAGCCUUCACA